AUGAACACUGCCCGUCUUUGUGCAAAGUGCAAUUCCGAAGGUUUGCCCGAACACAUGAUUGGAUGUGAUAGAUGUGAAGUUUGGCUUCAUCAUGAAUGUGCGGGCUUAACGGUCGCUCCUCCGAAUUCGGACCAAAGCUGGAUAUGUGAGAAAUGCGCACAAGAGGAUGUCGGCGAGUUGCUUAGUCAGAGGUCGAAGAAAACGACAACCUCCACAAGCAGCCAGGCACGGCGAGUGGAACUGGAGCUGAAGCAGUUUGCCGAGAAGCAAGAGUUAAUGCAGAAACAACGCGCCGAAGAGGAUGAAAUCCGCCGCAGAAGAGCUGAGGAAGAUAGUAUUAUGCUGACAAGAAAAUACGAACUCUUGCAAACCGCGGAGCAGAAUACGAGCAAUCGAAGCCAAAUGAGUUCUCGAGUGAGCCGGGAAAAGGUCCGGUCGUGGCUAGGAGCACAAAAUAACAACAUAAUGCCAGCCGCGGUCAAACCUACGAACGUAACGGCCAAUCGUCCACCUACAACUGAGCUAGGCGGUAACAUAGUGAAUCAGACACCAUUGGCGAAUCCAUUGGUUGCAGAAAUUCACCGCGCCGACAAGAAAAUCAUAUCGCAUCAAGCCAUUCCCCAGUCUACUUCCACACCACACUCAGGACAAGACACCACUACUAUUCCCGCUAUAACAGUAUCCAAUGGACCGACUGCAACGAAUACCGUAGUCUCGUUUGCCAUUUGUAAUGCUAUUCCAGCAACAGUAGCUUUGACUACACAAUCGGGGGAAUUAACCCGACAACCGAUUUUGACAAACACUGUUGCGGCUGCAGGUGCCGCAUCGAAUUUUGUUACCGCGAACGUACCUUACGGGCAGAUGAAAUCCUCGGAAUUCCGGACCAACCCACAAACCUCGUACGCUACGAUGCCAGUACGUAGGGAUGACGUUCGGGAACUAAAUUCCCAAGCACAGGAUUCUCGAGCUUGGAAUUCAGCCGUACCACAAUUCUAUCAGUCAGCAUAUAUCCCAGCUCAGUUAGCGAUACGCAAACAACUUACGAAUGCAGAUGUGACAACACAAGCGCAGUUUCAACAAACGCAAACAGCACAACAGCAGGGUGGUACCGAAAGUGUAAAUUUGUUGCAACAGGAAACCGUUUCGGGUCCUGGAAUGCAAGGCAAUACGAACCAACCCAACAGUAUACAACUAGCGGCUCGGCAGGUAAUUCCACGUGAGCUUCCCAGUUUUUCAGGAGACCCCGAAGAUUGGCCAUUAUUUUGCAGUGCUUUUUACAACUCCACUGCCGCAUGUGGGUACACGGAUGCGGAGAAUUUGUGUCGUUUACAGAAAUGCCUCAAAGGAAAUGCUUUAACAGAAGUAAAAAGUCGCCUUCUACUACCAGAGUCUGUACCAUACAUAAUGGAAACGCUGCGAAAGCGUUUCGGUAAACCCGAGAUUCUUGUUCUUGCAUUGUUGAAAAAAGUACGCGAUGUUCCGCCCCCGAAAUCAGAAAAUUUACAAUCCAUCAUCAAUUUCGGUUCAGCAGUCCGUAAUUUAGUUGACCACUUGUAUAUUGCCAAACUAGGAGAGCACUUGCGAAACCCUAUGAUAGUACACGAACUCGUCGAGAAGUUGUCACCACAAUUGAAAAUGCAAUGGUCCUGGUAUAAACGCGUACACAUGGAUGUCAGUUUAGCCACAUUCGGAGAUUUCGUCACAGACUUAGCAGAUGCGGCAUCUGAUGUCUCGAUGCCAGUAUGUGCAUUCAGUUCAGAGGGCUUUACAAAGCAGCAGCCAGAAAACAACAGGUCAGGGCGAAUCAAACAAAAGUUAUACGCUCACACCGCUACUGAGGGAGAUAGCAUAAAUACAACUGAAACACCAAACAUUAAUUCGAUAUCAAAUAAAAAAACUUGUGCAUAUUGUUCGAAUAGUAGUCAUAUAAUAGCAGAAUGUCCACAAUUCAAUUUGCUGGAUCUCGAUGAGAGAUGGAAGGCGAUCCGUAUAAAAGGUCUGUGUCGAACAUGCCUGAUCCCACAUAGAAAAUGGCCCUGUCGGUCAUACAAAGACUGCGGGGUGGAUGGCUGUCGACUGCGCCACCAUUCUUUAUUGCACACUCAAUCACCGGCAAGGUUGUCCAACAAGCUUCCAAACUUUUCUGGCGAGAGUGUUACACACCAAAAUCAUCAUUUGUCGCGUAACGACACUGUAUUUCGUUACGUUCCUAUCACGCUGGAAAACAAUGAAAUAAAAGUUGAAACGUUUGCCUUCCUUGACGAUGGCUGUUCUUCCACACUAAUGGAGGCUGGGCUUGCAACGGAGCUCGGCAUUGUAGGGCCAACUGAACCUCUUUCGCUUGCUUGGACCGGAGACAUUUCACGAGAGGAAAAGGGUUCACAACGAAUAAGCGUCACUGUUGCGGGUCGUGGCCUUAAGAAAAAGUAUAAACUAAGUAAUGUGCGUACGGUUCAGCAACUAAAAUUACAAAGUCAAACAUUGCAAUACGAUGAACUACGAAAAAUGUAUCCACAUCUCACCGGUUUACCGUUGCAUAGCUACACUGAUUCCACUCCAAGAAUGAUAAUCGGCAUGGAACAUGCACAGCUUCUCACGUCUCUGGAAGUGCGGGAAGGUCGACUACACGAACCAGUGGCUGCCAAAACUAGACUAGGUUGGUGCCUAUACGGAAAACGAACCGGUGGCCGAAACUCGAUCGAACAGCUGCAUCUCCACUCCGAAGGAGAAAUUGGGAACCGUGAGUUACACGAGCUGAUGAGGCAAUAUUUUAGUAUUGAAGAAGCGACGGUAAAAACGCCGCUCGAGUCUGACGAGGAUAAACGAGCCCGUAAAAUUCUUGAGACUACAACGCGUAGGAUCGAAGGAGGUUUUGAAACUGGCCUGCUUUGGAAAUAUGACCAGUUGUCUUUUCCGAAUACCUACCCGAUGGCAAUACGUAGGAUGCACUCUUUGGAGAAACGUCUCGAUAAAGAUCCGAUCCUACGGAUGAGAGUGAACGAAAUGAUUGCCGAGUAUGAGAGCAAAGGCUAUGCACAUCGUAUUACUACCGAGGAAUUAAUUACAACCGAUCGUAAGCGAGUAUGGUAUCUCCCACUAGGAGUGGUGAGGAACCCAAAAAAACCUAAUAAGAUCAGAUUGAUAUGGGAUGCUGCGGCGCGCGUGAAUGGGAUGGCGCUAAACGAUUUCUUGCUAAAAGGACCUGAUAUGAUAUCAUCGUUAUUCGACAUUUUAUUGCGCUUUCGUCAACGAUCUGUUGCCGUCUGCGGGGAUAUCCGUGAAAUGUUUCACCAAAUCCGGAUUAUCCCCAUAGACAAACAGUCACAACGCUUCGUUCAUCGUGACCAUCCAUCCCUAGACCCACAAAUCUACGUGAUGGAUGUAGCUACAUUUGGCGCGACAUGUUCACCUUGCUUAGCGCAGUUCAUUAAAAACAUGAAUGCUAGUGAGUUCGUAAAAAUAUUCCCACAAGCUGCGGACGCGAUAGUUAAUUCACACUACGUGGACGACUUUCUAGGGAGUGUGGAUACCGUAGAGGAAGCGGUUCAACUAGUGGAGGAAAUAAAGCACGUACACCUGCAAGGUGGAUUUGAAAUCAGAAAUUUCUCUUCGAACUCUCCCGCCGUAUUGGUUCGUAUCGGAGAAACCCGAAAUGCUGAAAAAAAGUCGAUGGCUCUAGACUUGCCUUUAGAAAGAGAACGCGUAUUGGGAAUGGUAUGGUGCACAGCAAUGGAUGUAUUCACAUUCGAUGUAACACUGAGCGAUGAUUUGAACGAGUUACUGAGAGAAGACUGUAUUCCCACGAAACGACAGGUUCUCAGAUUGGUUAUGUCGUUGUUCGAUCCUUAUGGAUUUAUUGCUCAUUAUAUCGUUCACGGAAAGAUUCUAAUGCAACAUAUCUGGCGGUCUGGAACAGAUUGGGAUGAGAAAAUCAGUAAAGGUCUAUUAGGCCCGUGGAGAGAUUGGAUCUCUCUUAUAAAGGAGCUGAGCAAAGUAGAGGUGCCUCGUUGCUUCUUCGGCAGCGAUAGUAGUAAACCUCACAGUGGGAUACAGCUUCAUACCUUUGUGGACGCAAGUGAAUUAGCAUACGGCUGUGUGGCUUACUUGCGUAUAGUUCAGGGAGGAAGGAUAAAAUGUGCACUGGUUGCGGCGAAAACAAAGGUUUCACCACUAAAACCAGUUUCGAUACCCCGUCUAGAGCUGCAAGGUGGGCUAAUAGGUUGCAGGCUAAUGGAUAGUAUCUGUGAAACACUCACUCUUCCCCUUGAGAAACGAUUCGUGUGGACAGACUCCAAAACUACAUUGGCAUGGGUUCGAUCAGACGGGCGUAAAUAUCAUCCAUACGUGGCAUUUAGGAUAGGUGAAAUCCUCAAUCUUUCUAAUGUAGAUGAGUGGCACUAUGUUCCAUCGAAACUAAACGUAGCUGAUGUGGCCACCAAAUGGGGAAAUGGCCCUGAGUUCCACAGUACUAAUCGUUGGUAUGUUGGACCCAGUUUCCUGUCCCUGCCUGAGCAUGAAUGGCCCAAACAACCAGAACAAAAAAGCGAUACAAAAAUCACCGUCGCGACAAUAUUCGGUAGAAGGGAUGAGGAGAACACUGCGCGGGCGGUCAUGAUGCACAGUGCCACACGGCAAAACGUGCAAAGACGCAGACAGAAGAAUAUGCAACGAACCCAAAUCUUCCAGGAGAUAAAGCGCUGCCUGGCAAAGCAGGAGUGUGCGGAGUUGAAGCGGCUGUUCUCAGGAAAUGAGAAAGUUCUACAGAAAGUAAACGCUUCCCGCACAGACUUUGUGUCGCGAGCCAAAAUGUAUCGCGAGAAGAAUUGUAGUAUUUUAACGGAUGAUCGUGAGGAGACCGAAAGGUGA